UGUUUGUUUUAUUUAUCUUUAAUUUAUUCAAUAAUGACAAUAAUAUUGAUUUAGUGAUUUUAUCCUUUUUUAAAAAAAUUUUGGUUAAUAAUUUUUUAUUUUUAAAAAAACAUCAUCAUAAUCAUGGCUAAUCGAUCGUCGGCGGCUGAAACAUUAUCGCAAACAAAUUCCGAAUCAUCAACAUCAUUAUCAUCAUCGAUGGAAGUUACGGUGGAAAAAUAUCAACGUUUAGCAACAGAAUAUGCAAAGAUUCGUGCUCAAUUUUUGGUGCUCAAAAAAGCUAUGAUCGAUGAAAAAGAAAAAAAUAUUGAACAACAACAAACGAUCAAAUCACGGGAUCAAAAUGUACGACGUUUAGAACAGGAGAUUGAAAAUCUACAAUUUCGUAAUCAACAAUUAACUAAACGUGUCAGCGUAUUGCAAAAUGAUUUAGAUUCAAAAGAAAGACACAAUUCACCUGUAUCAAGACGAUUUCUAUCAUUUUCAUCAUCACCUUCAUCAUCAUCAACAUCGAAAGAUGGUCAAUCGAAAGAUUCACGAAGAGCUUCAACAACAAGUAGUGGUGGUGGUGGUAAUAAUAAUUCCCAACAACAACAACCUGAAUCAAUGGAUUUAGUCGAUGAAUUAAAUAUGGAAUUAAAGAUAAAAGCCGAAGAAUUGGAACGUUUAAAAGAAUUAAAUUGUGAUCUAGAACAACAACGAUUACGAGAUACAGAACGAUUAGAAUAUGAAUUAAAAUUAGCUAAAAGCGAGGCAGCCAAUCAAACAGAAAUUAUUGAACAAAAAAUGAAUGAAUAUGAAUCUAGUCUACGUAAAGCAAAUCAGGAAAAGAAUGAUUUCGAAAAUCGUUAUCAAAAAAUUAAUCAAGAAUUUCAUAAAUCACGCGUUGAAAUGGAAAAUUUAAAAUUUGAGAAUAAAAAUCUUAAUCAACGUAUUGGUAAUCUGGAACAAUUGAUUAAACAAAAAUCAAAAACAACAAUAGUCAAUAAUGAUAAUGAUAAUAAUAUUGGUUUAAUGAGGAAUCGAUUAUCGCUUCAGCAGCAGAAACCGCAAAAACACCAACAUCAUCAUAAUCAUCGACAAAAUAAAUUCUAUAAAGAUUUUGCCAAACGAAAAGAUGUGAUUGAACAAUUUUCAAUGAAACUAUGUGAAUUUAUCUGUGCCCUAUCUACCGUACAUUCCAAUGUAUCGCAGAAAAUUUCCAUUAUGUUUGCAUUGUUUCAGAAACAAUCGAAUCAUUUAUAUUUUCUUGAUUUUCAAUCAUCAAUCGAAUCAUCAUUAUUAUCAUCGAUGAAUGAUUGUUCCAUAAUUGAUUCGAAUGAUUUACCAACAGUAACCAAUCAUCAUAAAAAUCAACCGAAUGAAAAAGGAAAUCAAUCAUCGUCGAAUAAUAAUCUCGUACCAUAUCGUUCAAUGUCUGUGAUGUCAAUACUUCGAAAGUUUCGUGAUUAUAUGCAAAUGGGCUUUGAUACCUAUCUGGUACAAUUGGAAGAUGCAUCCAAACAAUAUUCUGAAUUAAAAAUUCAACAAUGGAAACUGCAAUCUCUAUCGAAUUCAACAACAACAACAACAGAUUUGAAUGCAAUCGAACAGGAAAUAUCUAAAACAUCGAUCGAUAUUGUUGAAACGUUUGCCGAUUAUGUUAGCUAUCUGAACAAGACAAACAUAUAUCUGACUAUUUGUUUAAAUCUUUGGUGUAAACAAUAUGUUGAUUAUGAUCCAUCAAAUCCUAUUAUACAGUUAAUGUUAGAUCCACAAUUACAACAACAUUUAGCUGAUCCGGAAAAACGUCGUAAUCUUUGUGAAAAGAAUGAAAUGUUAAUACAAUCAAUUAAUAAUUGUGUAACAAUAAUUGGACAGAUUUGUAAUUAUGUUCAAUUAUUAUUAUCAAAAUCAUUGAUGAAUACAAAUUUUCUAACAAUUUUUAAUGAAUUUAUGCAUCAUAUUGAUGCACUUGAACAUGGUAUUAAUGAAACAAAACGAGUAUUUAGCUCAAAAGUUGUACUUGAACAUGAUCUUGGUGUAACUGUUGAAUUGGAAUUAAAAUCCGCUGAUGAUUGUAUUUUAUCAUCGGUUGUAUUUUUAUCAACAUGUAUCAAAGAAAUUCGUCUUGUAUUUGAAAUGCAUUAUUUUUUCUUUGUUAAUGAUUAUCAACAGGAUAAUGAUUACGAUGAUGAUGGCGAUGUUGAUCAAAUUGAUAAUGUUGAUGAAAAUGAUUGUGCAAUCAUUGAAUCAAAACAUCAACAACAACAAUCGAUAAAUUUAAAAAGUGAUAAUUUGAAUAUUGAGAAAAAACUUAAAUUCUGUCAAGAACGUCUGUUACAGGUUGAAAAAGAAAAAGAACAUUGGUCAAUUGAAUCACAAUUGAUGCGAGUAAAAUUGGAACAUGAACAAAAACGUUCAAAUGAAUUGGAACAAAAAUGUCAAAUGUUGAACAACUCAUUGCUUCAUCAGCAAUCGAUUCCGAUAACAGCACCAUCAACGAUUCAUAAUUCAAAUUCAUUUUCGGGUGGACAAUCAUCAUCAAUGAUAAUGAAAAAUUCAUUGAAUAAACAACCAUUUCAUUCGAACAAUGUUUCAUUAGGUUCAUUAUCGUCACGAAGUUUUGAUCAAACAUCAACAACGACAGCAACAACAACAAUGGCAAAAAAUCAAACAAAUUAUGCUGAACUUGGUUCGAUUGGUUCAUCAUCUAAUCAUGAAGAUUGUUGUUCAAGUCAAUUAAUCGAUGAUGAUAUUGUUAUGAUUGAUAAUGGUAACAAUAUUGAACCGUUAAUUACUAAUGCAAAUCAAUCACAACAAACAUUAUUGAAAAAUCCAAUGAAUCAAAAAAGUUUAAACUAUAUUCAAUCAAAAUUGAAUCGUUUGAUCGAUGAUCUUGAACGUAUUGAUUCGAAAUCAAGAUCAUAUGAACAUGAUUGUCAUUCAUUACGACAACGUUUAUUAAUUGAACAGGAUCAAAAUUGUCAAUUACGGCAAGAAUCUGAGCGUCAACAAUUAUUGAUGAAUGAAUUGAAAGAAGAAUUACAAACAACUGUUAAUAAUUAUGAAAAACAAUUACAAGCAAUGUCGGAACAUAUGGCCAAAUUGAAUGAAACAUUAACUGAACAAUGUGAACAGAUUGAUGUUUUGCGUUAUGAAAAAUCAAAUAAUUCUGAACAAAUAAUUUCGGAUUCUGAUUUGAAUCAGAAAAAUAAAUCCAUUACAACGAUAAGUAUGGCUGCUAAGAAUCUACGCAAAGGUUUUGGUGGCGGUGGUAAACGUUCAAAAACGAAUAAUUGAUAAUUUCAUCGAAUUUUUUUUCUUCAACAAAAUAUCUUUUGUCACACACACACACACACACUCACGCAUUCAUUCCUUUAAUUAUUUGUCAUUUAUAUAUAAUCUAAAGUGAAAAAGUAA